AUGCAAGAGGAACAUUUUUGCAUGUGUGCAGGCUGGCUCCCUGAUAAUGUGCUCCCUGGAAGCAGUGGCAGUGUGCUGCUUACACCCCUGGCUGCUGGAAUUACCUUAAGGUCAAGGUAUUCAUGCUUGGUGGCUUGGACUGAAGCAGUGAGGAUGGAGCCCACGAAGAUCAACAUGUCCCGCGUGGCCCUGGUCAACGGCGGCCUCGACGGCGCCAUGCUCAAGGCGCACAAACCGCGCGUCAUGUCCAAGAGCGGCCACAGCAACGUCAGGAUCGACAAGGUCGACGGCAUCUACCUGCUCUACCUGCAGGACCUGUGGACCACAGUCAUCGACAUGAAGUGGAGGUACAAGCUCACCCUGUUUGCUGCUACUUUUGUCAUGACCUGGUUCCUCUUCGGGGUGAUCUACUACGCCAUCGCCUUCCUUCACGGCGACCUGGAGAUGAACAAGUUCUCACCGAAGCGGGAGCCGUGCGUGAAGAACGUGGAUUCCCUCACUGGGGCAUUCCUCUUCUCCCUGGAGUCCCAGACAACCAUUGGCUAUGGAUUUCGUUUCAUCACCGAGGAGUGUCCCCACGCCAUUUUCUUGCUUGUGGCCCAGCUGGUCAUCACCACCCUGAUUGAGAUCUUCAUCACUGGUACCUUUCUGGCCAAGAUCGCCAGGCCAAAGAAAAGGGCAGAGACCAUUAAAUUCAGCCACUGUGCUGUCAUCACCAAGCACAACGGGGAGCUGUGCCUGGUGAUCAGAGUGGCAAACAUGAGGAAGAGCCUCCUGAUCCAGUGUCAGCUCUCUGGGAAGCUUCUCCAGACCUACGAAACCAAAGAAGGGGAGAGGAUUCUGCUUAACCAAGCCAGCGUCAAAUUCAACGUUGACUCCUCUUCGGAGAGCCCAUUUCUCAUUUUGCCUUUAACCUUCUACCACAUUUUGGAUGAAAGCAGCCCUCUGAGAGACCUCACACCUCAAAACCUCAAGGAGAAGGACUUUGAGCUCGUGGUGCUCCUGAAUGCCACGGUGGAGUCCACCAGUGCUGUCUGCCAGAGCAGGACUUCCUACGUCCCCGAGGAGAUCCACUGGGGCUACGAGUUCGUGCCUGUGGUUUCCCUCUCCCCAAAUGGAAAGUACGUGGCGGAUUUCAGUCAGUUUGAGAAGAUCAGGAGAAGCACAGAUUCUACUUUUUACAGUGUGGACUCUGAAAAGCAAAAGCUGGAGGAGAAAUACAGGCAGGAGGACCAAAGAGACAGAGAACUGAGAACAAUGUUGUUACAGCAGAGUAAUGUUUGA